CUUCACAACGUAUAUACGGACGAGCCGAAGAUAGAUACGACCAAGUGGGAUCGCUCCGCUCUUCAACUGCCUAACUUCAACUGCCUAACUUCGCUGAAAGACAACGGCAGUUUCAGAUACACGUCUAUGGAUUCUGACAACCUCACUCUUAACAAUUGUACAAUGGGCGAGAAGGAGAGAGGUGAGUUUGACAUUAUUGCAAUCCUGAGGUUAAUCACGGCGUCCUUAAGCAUUUUGGGAACCUCCUCCAUCAUUGGCUCAGCUGUCUGGGGAAAAACUGUCUGCAAUCCCAAAGUCUGACAAAAAAUAUUCCCAAGACACUCACCUGUAAACAUUAUCGAUAUAAUAUAAUAUGCAGGUUCAACCAAUAUUUAUCCUGUCUGUUGCCGAUGCUCUACUAAGUGUAUUGUGGAUUAGUGGGUCUCUGGUGUGGUUGAAGGGAGGUUUGCACCGCCUCGAUGACCUGAGAGUUAGUUGUUUCUCCAUUACCCUUUUGACUGUGGUAUGUACGUACAAAAGCAGAGUUUUUGGGACACUAGUAUUGUAAUGCAAACUCUCCAUCCAAACAUUUUGCAACGUGUAGAUUCUACAGUGUGUAGCGAUGAACCUAACUCUCAUAUAUGCAGUAUUGGCAUAUUUCAGUAUCAGGAAGAGUGACAUUCAUGUGAGUCCAACGCCACCUGGAUAAAUUUUAGCUGCAUGUUUUCAGAAUGUUUGUUGUAUUUUGUGAUGCAGAUAUGGCAGCAGAGAGCACAAAUAUGGAAACGUCCACUUUCAUUUUUCAUGUAUUUUGUCGCUUGGUAACGAUAAGAAUAUUCUGUUGUCAAGCCAUGGUAGCUAUAUAGCUAAUCCUAACCUCAGGACUAUGCCACUGUUGCUGAUCCUGCCAAUAUUUGGAGUGCUUUCUGCAAAGUUUGGACUGAUUGAAAAAGCUAACAAGUUUUCAUGCUGGUGCUUACCAUAUUAUGGAAAUAUGUUACCACGACCACAAAUUGGGCACAACACCGAUGGCAGGAAAAGCUACCUCGUCCUCUUACACUCCUUCAUAACAUCUUAUGCUGCAGUUCUUCUUACAAACUUUUGUGUUGUGCUGGUCUCUAUGAUAGUAGUCUACUGUGCAAUUCUUAUGAGAAUUCGGCACAUAAGGCAAGAGAAUGAGACCACACCUCUGAAUGGCGCUACACGGGCUAUGGUAGUUGAGGGACAGAGGGAAGCAAAGAAACGGGUAUUGAUCUUUAUCUCCAUAUACGUUGUGACAGGAGCUAUGACUCUUAUCUGUGGGAUUAUCAAUAUCAACGUUCAAUUAUAUUACAUCAACAAACAUAGAGAUUUUCCACCUGCAAACAUAUCUAUGGAUUUCAUCAAUAGAUUCAUGAUUUUGGAGGCAUUGCUUGUCCCACUUCAAGGUUUCUUGAAUGCCAUAGCUUAUGGCUGGACUCGCAGUGGUUUUCUCAGUGCUAUUUCAACCAGACCUAGACGUUUGCGAUCUGGUUCAGAGACAGCUCUGGCUACAUCUCUUGGUACAGUGGAUGAUAACAGAGAAGAGACAGAUGAAGAAGAUAACGGAGGAGAGCCCCCCAUGUCAGUCAGCCAAGAUGAGGACGAAGUGCAUUCAGGAAAGGGGAGGAAUAACGUUGCUUCUGCUAACUCUGGGCAAAGGUGUUCUACAAGGAGAGCAGACAAAAAGAGAAGCUAAUGGCAACCAACAAGAAGCUAACUGAUUUUAUCCUAAAUACGUAUCUUUUGGGAAAUGAUUUUGCAUCACUUUAGUAGCAAUCACUCAAAAGUUCAAUCAUUAACCCUCGGCACGCAUGCGCAGCGAGGGUUACAGUACUUGGUCUGUGUGUCUGUCUGCCUGUCUCUGUGUGUCUGUUACAAC